CAACAAGAACAAGAAGAGACUAGACUAGAGAGUAGAGAGUGUAGUUGAAAGAGGAAAGGAAGUCUGAACGGCGAAGCGAUGCCGGCGAUGGUGCGGUCACUGGCAGCUAGAGCUCUCAAUGAGCCGUCGCAAUCUGUAUUCAAUUUUCUACGGCGGAUCCGUACUGCUCGGCCGCAACUGCAAUCUGUUCGCGCGUUAUCGGCUCUCAUGUCGCCGCCGUCCAAGGCGGUUGUUUACGAUCAGCACGGCCCGCCCGAUUCCGUCGUUAGGAUGGUUGAGUUGCCUCCAGUGGAAGUGAAAGAGAAUGAUGUCUGCGUUAGGAUGCUUGCUGCGCCGAUCAAUCCUUCUGAUAUCAAUCGAAUUGAAGGAGUGUAUCCUGUGCGGCCGCCGGUGCCUGCAGUUGGAGGAUACGAAGGCGUUGGAGAGGUGUAUUCAGUGGGCUCGGCGGUGAAGGAGUUCUCGCUCGGUGAUCGUGUUAUCCCGUCUCCUCCCUCUUCCGGGACAUGGCAGACUUACGUUGUGAAGGAGCAGGGCGUCUGGCACAAAGUUGAUAAAGACUGUCCGAUUGAAUAUGCUGCCACGAUCAUUGUUAAUCCGCUGACUGCUUUGCUAAUGCUUGAUGAUAUCAUUACUUUAAAUUCAGGAUAUUCGGUUGUCCAAAAUGGAGCUACAAGUAUAGUAGGCCAGUGUAUUGUCCAGCUUGCCCAACUUCGAGGCAUCAAUAGCAUUAAUAUUAUAAGGGACAGGGUUGGGUCAGAUGAUGCAAAGGAAAUGUUGAAAAAGCUUGGUGCCGAUGAAGUUUUCACUGAAAGCCAAUUGAAUGUGAAAAAUGUGAAGAGUCUCCUGAAUAGUUUAUCGGAACCUGCUCUGGGAUUUAACUGUGUCGGUGGUAAUUCUGCUUCUUUGGUUCUCAAAUUUCUGAGGCAGGGAGGAACGAUGGUAACAUAUGGGGGCAUGUCAAAAAAGCCUGUCACAGUAUCAACAUCAGCCUUCAUUUUCAAAGCAAGUCAUAUCUCUAUGCUGUGUUUUCUGUUUUGCAUACUCUUGAAUGGCAUCAACACUAAAUAUGUGGAACUCUCCUUGAGAGGAUUCUGGUUGCAGAAGUGGCUGGGCAGUGAUAAGGCAACUGACCGUGGGAGACGGAUCGAUUAUCUUCUCUCGUUAGCGAAGGAAGGGAAGCUGAGAUACGAGAUGGAGCUGGUUCCUUUUGACAAUUUCAAUGUAGCAUUGGAUAGAGCACUUGGAAAGCUUGGGAGCCAACCGAAACAAGUCAUUACUUUCUGAACCUGCCCUUCAUAAGGGAACCCUGGGAUUUGCUUGUUGAAAGAGAUAGUGGUGCACUGGUGAUUAGGUUUUGCAAGCUGAUGCCGUCACUGAUCCUCUUGGCCCAAGGCUAAUGUUUGAAGGAAACAUCGAUCUAGGAUUAUGUUUUCCGGAAGCGAAGGAAUGUGAAAGUAGAGUGAGGGAGUAACAAAUUGUGUAAAGGGAAUCCAGGAAGAAAGACGAAGAUGCAUUGUCCUAGUGUAAUGAAUAAAGAGAUCAGCUUGUCUUUAGGGUUGCAAAAGAGUCGAGCUGCUCACGAGCUUACAAGCGUGUUGAUGAGCCUCGACCUCGAGUAAAGCUUAUGAGCUUAUUAACGAGUUGAGUUCAAAUCAAACAUGAGCUGAUGUUUCGGUAAAUGAAACAAGAUUGAGCCCUGCAUAUUUAUUUACAAGUUGAUUCCAAUCUAUGUCAAAACUUGACUCGAACCGACUCAUUCGUUGCUCGUCCUACUUGUGUUGUAUUUCGACAAACCAAUAAUUGUAGGUGGGCUUAAAAUAGUCAAUGCGCGUGGAUGAUAAUUGCACUUGAACGCAUUGGGUUGGCCCG